AGCAAUAGUUAUGGAAAACAACAAAGAAAAGAAACAACAAAGAAAGCAUUUCAUUAAGAUACAGUAUAUCAUUUAGGUUCCGUGGUUCCUUAUUUUAUAUAUAAUAAUACAAAAUAUAUAUAUAUCACCCACACAAAAUUAAUAUAUUGGUUUGUUCCACUUCCGCUUAACACAUCCGGCCCGUGAGCCUGUUGCAUGGAUACGCAGUCUUGGUUGUUUUUUGUUACCCAAUUAACUAGGUGAUAUUUAAUUAAAGGAAAUAGCCAUGGCUUCGCCUUGUGUACAACAGCUGUGUAGGAGAUCUACCAGUCAUCUCCGCUCAAAGACCUCGUGUGUCACCCUACUGUACUCCACUCACGUCCAGAAUCAUGUAGCAGGCGUAAGAACAGCUGAUAAAACCAACGCGGGAGGAGACCUUAUUAUUCAUGGGAACCAUUCAAUAUUUCAUACAAGUCAGAGGAGGCAACAAGUGGUUGUUUGUUAUUAUAGCGGUUACAAUGCUAGCCCGCUGCUACCAACUGAACACAGGGACACCAAAGAGUUGAUGAGCACGGAUGCUCUGUCACAAAUCAAAGAUGCCCAACACUUGACUGAAACUAACGCAAGAUUAGAUACUGAUGAAGCUGUAUAUCCCAGUGCUUCGGAAGAGAUAACUGAUAAAGACGCAUCUCACACAAUGGUUCCCUCCACCCUGCCGUCUGAAUCCUCAAGUCUCAGGGACUAUGUGGAUGAGUCUGAGACACUCAGCAAGCUGGUACAGCUAGGUGUUAAGCUCUGGAAGUUGGAGCAACGGCCCAACGUAGGCACCAUGCUACUGAAACUGGACUUCCAGACGGACGUGGUCCCGAGGCUGCUGUUCCUCAAGGAGAUGGGGGUGGAAGACUCUGGUCUGGCCUAUAUUCUCUCUGACAACCCCUUCAUUCUCAAGGAGGACUUGGAGAACCUGCAUGCUAGGGUGAAUUAUUUGAAGUCACAGAAGUUCAGCCCAGAGACUGUUGCCUCCAUGGUUACCAGAGCUCCGUAUCUGCUCAACUUCAGCGUGAAGAGGUUGGACAACAGACUAGCAUUUUAUCAGCAGCAACUAGGGCUCAACUCCUCUAAGACCCGUGGUAUUGUAGCUCGACUUCCUAGAUUGCUUUGUGGAAGUUUGGAACCAGUCAAGGAGACUCUGAGGGUGUGCAAAAUAGAACUUGGCUUCAAGGAGAAUGAGAUUCAGCACAUGGUUAUGCUCGUCCCUAAAUUGUUGACUUCAAAUAAGAGGAAACUUACCCAAAUAUUUGACUAUCUCCACAACACAAUGAAAGUGCAGCACCACCUUAUUGUGAAGUUUCCACAGGUCUUCAAUUCAAGGUUACUGCGUAUCAAAGAGCGCCACCUGUUUCUGGACUACCUAGGAACGGCGCAGUAUGAUUCGGACCAGCCCAACUACAUCUCUCUGGACCGCCUGGCCUCCCUGCCUGACGAGGCUUUCUGCACGGAGGUUGCCUCGGCAACGUUAGAAGACUUCAUCAUGUUCCAGAAGACGAUGUGAUGGCAUGCGGUUUCAUGUCUCUAAAUAUGCAGCAAUGGGGGAAAAGUAUUUGGUUGAAUACUAGUCUACGGAGUUCGGGAGGUUAAGUGGGAGGCGUUUUUUUAUACUGCCCGCAUGCGAUUUCCUGAAAGCGCGCAAUUUAUAAAAAAAAAACUUAUUUCACAUACCGGGCUCUGUAACAAUCUUUUUUUUUUUUUUUUUUUUUUAUGUAAACAGUGAAUAAAUUAUGUCUGAUAAUA